UCGUCCCUAUCUUAUAAUAGCUGUUCGAGUCAAGCAUCAAAGCAUUCGACGCUUUAUAUGCAGCUUGCGUCUAUAAUUAUCCCUCUGUUUACUACUCGAACUUUGUGGCUUAGCUACCGCGCCGUAAGAUGUGGGCGUUGGCUGUAGGACACGGGAAUAUCCGUAAAACCCAGGAUGUUGUGGUGACACUGUAUAGUCCGAGGACCAUCUUGCAGUAUGGUGACGUCAUGAACGACUCAAUCGAUGAGCUUUUAACAAUAGCAUGCCUAGUGCUCCACCACUACAGUUACGACCUAACAGACGUGCCUACACUGAUCCUAUGCUCCGGGACGUAUGUCGGCUUCAUAGUCGUGCUUUCUGGAGAAAUUGUUGGCGAGGCGGUGUCAGCGACAUCAGACGCGUUCGUAGACGCGUGGUGGUCGUGCGCCGGCGCCGUGCUGUUCGGCGCGUGCGGCGCGCUCACGCUGCUGGGCUGGCGCGACGUGCCCGACUGCCCGCGCCGCACGCAGGCGCGCGCCGCCGCCAUGUGCUCCAUCGCCGCCACCGUGCUGCUCAUCGUUGACGCCCUGCUGGCGCUCUGCGCCGUCGACAAGGACGACCUCAGUUCUAAGAGCAGGGCUAAAUAAACGCUUUAGAAUGGAUGUAGUUCCGCAAAAACGUUCCAAUCCACAUGAAAUUGUGUCGCUUAACUUCAAUCUUUUGUAAAUCUAUUCUGAUUAUAGUUGAUUAUCUUUCAGAUCAUAAUAUAUUUUUUUAUAUAAUCAACCUUAAAGCAGAAUGGAUUUACCCACGUUUGAAGUUAAGCUACACAAUUAUUGUCAUUAAGUUUUAGACCUUGUAUGAAAUACGAAAGUCUUUCAUUUCGAAGACAAUUUCAGAUGGAUUGGUAUAUAUGUUUCUGCGUAACUACAAAACGUAAAGUUACUAAACUUACUAAUGUAAUGUUAUUAAUAUAAUCUGGUCGCGAAAACUUAGCCCAUAUGGAACAUACCCAUAGAAAAAACAAGCUACAAGUAAUUUUGCAACGAUUCCUUGUGAUCGUUUAGAUAUUUUCGCGGCUAAAACUUUUUGUUUUAUAGUAUGUUUUUACUAUCCUUGUAUUAAAGUGUGUGCGCGUAAUUGUGAUCUCGUUCGGUUUGUAUUUGUUUAAAGAGUUCUGUUUUUGUCUGAUAAAAGGCUGUAAUUAAAAAUAUUGUACUAUA